UAAGAAUGGACACGAAAGACACUGAGACAAGUACAGACUGACUGCAGUAUCUGCUGUGCCACUAAUUCCAUGUGUCUCAUUUUUAUUUCUCUCUCUACAGAACUUGUAAAGGCACGAAGAUACGCAGUUGAUGUGACUCUGGACUCUGAUACAGCACAUCCUGAACUUGUCCUGUCUGAGAACAGGAAACAAGUGAGGAAUGGAGACACAAAGCAGGAUCUCCCUGACAACCCAGAGAGGUUUAAUUGGUGUCCCUGUGUCCUGGGGAAUGAGGGAGUUUCUUCAGGGAGACGUUACUGGGAGGUGCAGGUUGGGGACAAGACUGACUGGGUUUUAGGAGUGGCCAGAGAGUCCAUCAGCAGGAAGGGAAAAAUUAAACUGAGUCCUAAUAAUGGUUACUGGACUAUCUGGCUGAGGGAUAGAAAGGAGUAUAAGGCUCUUGCUGAUUCCUAUGUGUCCAUCAACCUGAGUGUGAAGCCCCAGAAGGUGGGUGUGUAUGUGGACUAUGAGGAGGGUCAGGUCUCCUUUUACAGUGUGGAGGACAAGUCUCAUAUCUACACUUUCACUGGAUAUAAAUUCACUGAGAAACUCUUUCCAUUCCUCUGCUCAGGCUUCUCGUACUGCAGUGAGAACUCAGCCCCACUGAUAAUAUCUCUUGUCAGUGACACAGACUGAUGACAUUGAUUUUAGCUUUUAAUGUUCAAAUCAUGAUGUCA